AUGCCAAAGUCAUUCAACAAAGUCAUCUACAAGCCCGACGUCCACUCUCCCGACACCUUCCAGGUCAUCGUCGAGGACUCGGUCGUGUACAAGAAGUGGAAGGAUGGUGACAAGACCAUCCCCUUGACCGACAUCGUCGACUCUUUCCAGGUCUUCCACAGCGACCAGGGUACUCAGGGACUGCUGGGCCAGGCUUCCAAGCAGCAGCUGGAGAACCACUUUGGUACACACAAGGACGUCGAUGUGGUGGUGGCCAUCCUCGAGAAGGGAGAGCUGCAGCAUGCCACAAACAAGGAAGGGUACUCGACGACCAACGAUUCAAAGCAGGGAGUCAACACCGUCUCUUCUGGAGGCCACAGGGCUGGUGGUCGUUGA